AUGACACAUGCCAAUCUAAUGAACAACUACUUCAACCCCAACUCGGUGUACACAAAAGAAGAUUUCAGACGUCACUUCCGGAUGAGGCAUCAUGUCUUCGAGCAUUACUUCAUGAUGUCCAGCAGGUCAAUCCAUACUUUCGACAAAAGUGGGACAGAGCAGGCCACCCUGGUUUACAAAGACGAGUACCUUCGCGAGCCAAAUCAAGGAGAUCUAAAUCGGCUCAUUCACAAAUCUGAAGACCGUGGGUUUCCGGACAUGAUAGGGUCAAUAGACUGCAUGUAUUGGGAUUGGAAGAACUGUCCCAUCGAAUGGCAAGAAGGCUUUAGCGGAAGGUCGAGAAAGCCAACUGUUGUGUUAGAGGCGGUUGCCUCAUAUCACACAUGGAUCUAG